AUGGAGAGAGCUCCCUUGGACAUCUUUAGCGACGCCGAGGUAUCGUUCUCAUGCAUGGCCAGUGGCCAGCUUCAAAACUCUCCCACCGAACCACGCCUUUCAACCGAUCCCAACUUCGAAUUCCGUAGCUCCGGUCCAUCGUCCCCGUCCCCAGCCGACGUCUUAUUCUCCGACGGCCACCUCAUGCCGCACUCGUACCCUAUGAACAAACCCACCAAAACUAGCAGGAGCUCACCAACAUCAAAUGCUACUAGUAGGAGCAGCAGCGCUAGUAGUAGUUCUGGCAGUAGUGGCGGCAGUGCGCGGAGGUGUUUGAGGAAGAGCGGCGAGAGGGUGCCGGCGGCGGAGCCAAAGCGAGUGUCGUUUCAGCUAAGUUCGGGGGUGGAUGGCGGGUGGCAGUUGCCUGGGGCAAGCUUGGGCACGACAAGCUCUAUUAGGAGUGGCUCGGGAAGGUAUCGAGCGGUGGGUGGGCGAGGGGAGGCAAGAAACAGGAAGGAAGCAGGGAAGCAGCAAAGAGGUUUGUUUGGGUGCAUCGUCUCGGCGUGCCGGGAGUGCCAUGCGCUGGAGCCAUCCAAGGUUGUGGAUACUAAUAACAAUAAGAUCAUUCCAACCUAG